AUGGACCUCUCUGCUGUAAUCGCCGCCAAGGCUGCCCAGCAGAAAGAUAUGAGUAGUCAACCACCCGCAGUGGGGGCACCGGCUCCUGCUGCUCUGGGUGGGCCUGUCCUAGGCGCCCCUGCGCCAGCUCCAUUCAACCCAUCCUUUGGUGGAGCUCCAGCCCCAGCCAUAAUGGGUGCACCAGUUUUGGGAGCUCCAGUGAACCCUCCUCCUGCUGCUCUUGGGACACCUGUCUUGGGCGCCCCAGCCCCAGCGCCCUUUAGUCCUUCUUUUGGUGGAGCUCCACCUGCCAUGUUGGGUGCACCAGUUCUAGGAGCACCUGCCCCUGCUCCUGCAGCUUUGGGGGCGCCAGUUCUUGGGGCACCAGCUCCAUUCAGUCCUUCUUUUGGAGCCCCAGGCCCUGCUGCUUUGGGAGCACCAGUGUUGGGAGCUCCUGCCCCGGGAGCACCAAUGCUGGGGGCACCAGUGCUUGGAGCACCAGUGCUGGGAGCACCAGUGCUAGGAGCCCCAGUUGGAGCUCCUGCCCCCGCUCCUGCAGCCUUGGGGGCGCCAGUUCUUGGGGCACCUGCUCCAGCUCCAUUCAGUCCUUCUUUUGGAGCCCCAGGCCCUGCUGCUUUGGGAGCACCAGUUUUGGGUGCCCCUGUGUUGGGAGCUCCGGCUCCUGCCCCAGCGAUGCUGGGCGCCCCAGUUGGAGCUCCUCCCCCAGCACCUGCAGCACUGGGGGCUCCAGUACUUGGGGCACCUGCUCCAGCUCCAUUUGUUCCAUCAGGACCUGCUCCGGGUGCUCCAUUGAUGGCACCUGCACCAAUCCCUGCAGGCCAAGUAAUGGUCGAUUACUCGGAUACCACAACAAUCAAAAAACAGGACGAAGCAGUAUUUGUCCCAGGAUAUGCCCAGCAGAAGCUAAAAGGAACAGGAGGCAAUCACAAGUUUGCAAUUACGAGCGCACCUGUUCCAGAUAUGCCUGAUAAACCAGAGGAAGUGGCUGCUCUACCAGCCCCAGUUGGUAUUCGUGGAGGAAACACCACUGAAGCUGCCGCUCCUGUUGCGUAUGUCCCAGAAAAGACAAUGACACUUAAAUCCACACCAGCGGAAGCAGCAGAAGCGCUACAACCCUCCACUGCUCCGGCUCCAGCACCUGUGCCAGCGCCUGUGCCAGAGCCAGCCCCAACAGAGCCAGGUACUGCUCCUGCGCCCGCACCAGAGCCAAGCAUGAUGGUGGCUCCAGCAGUCGCUCCAAUGGAAAUUGCCAAUUCCGUACCGACUCCCCCCGAUACAUCAACACCAGCAGUACCAGGAGAUGACACUGCCGAAGCUGAACCUAGAGAAGCUGCUCCUGAGGAUGGUGAAGGAGGAGGUGCUGACGAAAAGGGUGCAAUUGUGAAUGUGAAGAAGGAGACUGGUCCUGACGGCGAAGAAAUUGAAAUUGUUACAACAACUACGGAGAAAGAUGGUGUCAAGACAACAAAGAUCAAAACGACAACCAAAAAGAAGGUUGUGAAAGAAAAAGACGUAGGGGACGGCAAAGGUUACUGUGCUGUUUUCUGCACCAUCAUGUAG